AUGUAUUUUUAUGAACGUUUUUGUGUGUGGCUGGGACAUUUGAAAUUAUCCCGUGUUAUAUUGUUAGUUUCUGUUAUUUUAUUCGUGGUGCCGCUUUUCACGCAUUAUUAUUUGUCUAAGUAUGAGUCAACUUUGGGGUCAUUAAGUAAUAAUCAUAUGCGACAUACAUUGGAAGCACUUGGUGAUUUAUCUACAAUGAAUGUAGUAGAUCUGAAAGUCAGGAUUGAAGAGAUGCUUAGAAUUAAGGCCUCUGUAUCUACUGAGUUACGUGAAUUGGAAGCUAGACGUGCUCGACUACAGCGAGAAGCGGUGGCGGCUAGUGCUAAAGCGGAUAGCGCGAAAGCAGAGCAUGCCCGUGCAGCAGCAGAAUUGCAACGGUUACGCGUUUCUGCCGACCAGGCUCGUCUCGCGCAACUUGAAGCUAUCCGCAGGGACUCUCCUGAACUAGCUCCCCCAUUACAAAUACUAUCAGUCAGACCUCCACCCAUCCUACCACCUAUCGAGUCCACCUCAGAACCUCAUUGCCGCAUGUUUUCCUGCUUUGACCAUUCCCGUUGCUCUCUAACUUCAGGAUUCCCGGUCUAUUUGUACGAUCCCGACAUCUACGCACCUUUUGCUAGUUCCGAAGUGGAUGGCUUCCUGAAAACCACAUUACGUCAAACGUUAGGUUACAACACUCAUCUAACAAGAGAUCCAAAUAAAGCCUGUGUUUACAUGGUCCUUGUUGGUGAAGCUUUUCCGUUCGAGAAAACCUCGUCAACAACUGAGUCGUAUAAACUGUUGUUGAAUGAGACUGCUCUCAAAGGAUUACCGUUUUGGGGAGGCGAUGGCAGAAAUCAUGUUUUGAUGAAUUUAGCACGGCGUGAGCUUUCUGUUGGGUCCGGAGAUGCCUUUCGUGGCGUGUCGACAGGAAGAGCUAUUAUCGCUCAGUCUACAUUCACACACAAUCAAUUUAGACCAGGUUUUGAUAUAAUAACACCACCUGCAUUAGGCCCACCGGGUGGUGAUGUGUGGCUUGAUUGCGCACCUAUAGCACCUGCAAGAAGAAAAUAUUUGAUAAGCUUUCAGGGAUCUCAACCGCCUGCAAAAGGACUUGACAAGGAUCAGGAUCAAAAACUCGUUGAAUCUCUGCAGAAGACAAGUCCGUCGCCUGAUACAUUCUUUUUGCAAUUCGAAUGUGAUCCUCCCGUAGAAAAGAGAUCUUUACUACCUAUUGGAGAUUGGGCAUUAUGUGGCACUGAUCGUUCACGACGCGCGGUACUGAGAGAUUCUACGUUCGUACUUAUUCUGGCUCCAGCCGAUCGAACUUAUACAACGACAGCAUUGCUGCAAGCGCGUUUAUACGAGGCAUUGAGAUCUGGCGCUAUUCCAAUUAUUCUUGGUGGUGAUAGAAUACGUCUUCCGUACGAUGAAGUGUUGGAUUGGAAACGAGCGGUUAUAGCGCUUCCGAAGGCACGAGUCACUGAACUCCAUUUCUUGUUACGGGCGAUGUCGGAUGCUGAUCUGUUGAUGUUUAGAAGACAAGGCCGUGUUCUUUGGGAACGAUACCUCAGUUCUGUUCAAACUAGUAUAGAUUCAUUACUGGCUACAAUUCGAUCUCGUUUGAAUAUUCCGGCACCGCCAGCGUCACCUACCGUAGGAGCGCCAGGUUUCAAUGAGUCAUAUUAUCCACUGAAAAUAGAUCCUCCAGCAGUUGAUACUGAACCAGAAGAAACUCUCGGGCCUUUGGAAGCUCCAUAUGCGAGUCCAGCAUAUCGGCGAAAUUAUUCAAUAGGUUUAUUGCAUGGAUACGAACUGUGGAACGACUGGGGUGAGCCAUUCGUUUUGUAUCCGCAAUUGCCUUGGGAUCCGAUGGUGACGUCAGAGGCACGGUUUAUCGGUUCCGCGGCUGGGUUCAGACCGAUAGGUGCCGGUGUAGGUGGGUCGGGUAAAGAGUUCAGCGAGGCGCUUGGCGGUGAUAGGCCGAGGGAACAGUUCACCAUCGUGAUAUUGACGUAUGAACGCGAGGCGGUACUCGCCGCUGCACUUACUAGACUCCGAGGCUUGCCGUAUUUGAAUAAGGUGAUAGUUGUAUGGAAUGGGCCUUCGCCACCUUCGUCUGCAUCGUCGUGGCCCGAGAGCGGGGCUCCGGUAGCCGUCGUACGAGCAACGAGGAAUUCUCUCAACAACCGAUUCUUACCGUACCAUCUUAUAGACACUGAAGCUGUACUAUGUGUGGAUGAUGAUGCUCAUUUGCGUCAUGACGAGAUCGUCUUUGCAUUCAGAGUGUGGCGUGAACAUAGAGAUCGUAUCGUGGGAUUCCCUGGACGAUAUCACGCGUGGGAUAUUAAUUUCAACAACGGUUUUCUCUACAACUCCAAUUACAGUUGCGAGUUAAGUAUGGUACUGACUGGUGCGGCAUUCGUCCACCGUUAUUACCUGUGGGCGUAUUGGCGCGCUUUACCCGCCGCUGUACGAGAUUACGUCGACGAGUAUAUGAACUGCGAGGAUAUCGCUAUGAACUUCCUAGUAGCGCACAUCACUAGGAAACCACCGGUCAAGGUGACGUCACGUUGGACGUUCAGAUGUCCAGGCUGUCCGGUCACACUGUCAGCGGACGAGACACAUUUCCACGAGCGGCAUAAAUGCAUACAGUUUUUCUCACAGGUUAUGGGAUAUACACCUUUAUUGUCUACGCAGUAUCGAGCUGACUCAGUACUUUUCAAAACGCGAAUACCUCAUGACAAACAGAAGUGUUUCAAAUUUAUUUAG